AUGAGCGGCGCCGAAGCAAACGCCAGCGUGUCCCCGUCCGUGGAACCCGCGGGUGGCAUCUGUCCCGCCUGGCUGAACAUCAACCACUAUCUCUUUCAAAUUGCCAACUUCUUCUUGCUGCUCUCCUACCUGAUUCCAGGAGGACCGUACGCCCUGCUCCAACUGCGAGUCGUCAUCGGCUUGGGCUCCUUCUUCUUCGCGCUGUGGGGAUACGUCAUCCUGUGUGCCUUCGACACACUCGUUUGGAACGCCCUCUUCACUCUCAUCAACCUCGUCCACAUCUGCGUGCUCGUCCGUGGCUUGCAGAGCGUCUCGUUCAUUACCGAGCUGGAGGCGGUCUUCGAGGACCUGUUCCGGCCGCUCGGGGUGACGCGCCAUCAGUUCCAGGGCGUCAACGCCUGUGUCGGCGAAAUUCGUGAACUGAGCGAUCGGGAGGUGUUCGCAGUCCAAAAGGUCAGCCGCAACGAUAACCUGUCGCUCGUGGUCAGCGGCAACCUCCUGGUGACCGAAAACCAGCGGACCUUACAGCAGGUUGGCAAGUACGAGUUUCUCGAGUCUCCGGAAUGGUUCGUGGUCCCCGAGAGCGACCUCUACCAGGUGACAGCUACGGCGUUGGGAGCAUGCAAGGUCGUGGUAUGGAAGAGGGAAACGUUGAGAAAGGCCCUCGGUGAGGAUUCUCAUCUUAAGGCGGCCUUCGAUGAACUUGUGGGCAAGGCCAUGGCGCGCAAGCUGAAAGCGGUCAGGAUCAAACCGGCCAGGCUCAGCAUCUGUGGCGAGCUGCUUCCUUCCGAAGUCUUCAAGGAAUCAAGUUCUACCAAGCGAAAAGAAUCCCUAAUAAUACGCCACCGUGGCCUGCCGCCCCUCUAA